GCUAGUCUUACAUACAACCCGAACCCGUCACUCUAAGCCCAACAAAUCACCUUAACAAAAACCCGCCUCUCACCUUUUUCACUCUCUCCGUUCUUCAAGCUUGAGUCUCAGAAACCCUAGAAAAAAUGCCUUUCAAGAGGUUCGUUGAGAUUGGAAGGGUUGCUCUUAUCAACUACGGUAAAGACUAUGGUAGACUCGUUGUCAUCGUCGAUGUCAUCGACCAAACCAGAGCUCUUGUUGAUGCUCCUGAUAUGGAGAGGUCCCCAAUAAAUUUCAAGAGGCUUUCACUCACUGAUCUUAAGAUUGAUAUUAAGAGGGUUCCCAAGAAGAAGGAUCUUAUCAAAGCUUUGGAGGCUGCUGAUGUUAAGAACAAGUGGGCAAAGAGCUCAUGGGGUAGAAAACUGAUUGUGAAGAAGACUAGAGCAGCACUCAAUGAUUUUGAUAGGUUCAAGAUAAUGUUGGCAAAGAUCAAGAGGGCAGCUGGUGUUAGGCAAGAGCUUGCUAAGCUGAAGAAGACUGCAGCUUAGGUGUUAUUUAGUGAUCUAUUUUUGAAUCUUCCAAUGAUUUUCUUUUGAUUAUAGUACUUCCCUGUUUGUUUUACGAUAUUCUAUGUCAUCGUUGAGUGACUUCCUAGAAAGGCUCAUAUUAGUGGAUUGAUGUUCUGUACUUGCCAAGUUUUUCUUUUGCUUGGGGAUGAUUGCAUAUUUUGGUUUUUAAGAUGUUCUAAGACUAAUAGAAAUCUCACUGCAUAUGAUGGCAA